GUUUCUCGAAAUUGCCCUUCCUACUCGAUUUGUCGCAAGUUGCGGCCUGUCGUCUUAUGAAGUUGCGUUGUUGCCGGAGGCUAUGUAACUCAACUGCCGUGCCUCUUGUCCGACACUUUCAAUCCCAACUGAAGGUCAAGUACGAUUCUAAGGUGUCAUCUGGCGAUGAAGCAGGAAGUAGCACAAAUUCCAACAUCACUCAUGAGAAGAAAGAGAAGAAAAAUACCUGUGGAUAUCAAGCUUGGGCGUCUCUGAAGAGUACAGACACAAAAGUUGGCGUUUUGCUCUACCAGGCUCUCACCUUACCGGCGAACACGCCUUUAUUGCCUCGACAGGCCUAUAUCCUUCCAAUGUGCAUUUCCUUUUGGAAAAACGCUUUUCCAAAUUGUGAAAUUCUAAAUGCAACAGCCAGUAAUGACAGUUUUCAUAACAUGAACUGGACUAUACUCUCGCAAGUUUUGUCCAGGGCAUACGUUUUCAACUGUAAAAUGGCGGCAUUCGCAGAUGUAUCCGUCGCAGCUGGCGAGUUUACGCAGUUUCUGCGACUGUCCAACGCCCUUCGCCGUUCCUCUGAGAAAGGCGCUGGAUUAGAAUUGGGACAUUUGUUACUGGAACCCAAGGUGUAUGAAGCCCUCUCUCGGCAUUUUGCCGCUAAGGCUGAUUGGCUUCAUUUAAGCCAGCUGCUCCGUCGCAUGGAACACGAAGGAUUGCAGAUCACACCACGGAUAUACCUCCAUGCCUUUGAGUGCUUGGGCCGCCUGCUCUCGGAUCUGAGUGCAUUCAAAUCAGGGAGCAUCUCAAGUUUACCUCUGAUCGUGGGAACUUCCUUCAAGAAUUUUGUCCCCUACAAGAUUUCCAUGAAUCCAAGGGGUGCAAAAAAGAAAAUCAUUCAACUGUUACGUGUUUUGCUGAAGAAGGCCGAAUCUCAGGGUUUCAACGUGGUUGACGAGCUGAUGCUGAUGCCUCGUCUUAAGGGGACCAUGGAACACAUACUUUUCGGACUACAGCGCGCAAAGCCGAAAUCAUCGCAAAACUCCGUGACUUCAGAUUCCUUUUCCAAUGGAUUACAGUUCUCAUCCCUUGAUUCCCACGAGGCCGUCUAUGCAGUGGAACAAAAGUUGCGAAGUGUGGAGCACAAAAUGCGCAAUCCUUUCGCAACCGCAGUUCCGAACGAGCGUGAUCUGUUGGCCGCUUUCGAGCAGCAGCUAGCCUUGGAACGCAAAGGCGAAGUCCGGAUACCACCAGUCUUGUCCCCUUUCCCACCCCGACAGAGUAAUAAAAGCAAGUCAGUCAAGAGUGGCGUGUCAGAAAAGCUGAAGAAGCACCUGCGUCAAGGUCUAAUGGACGAACAAAAUCUCUGGCGUGUGACUCUCUUAGCGGGAUUCAAGGAUUUGUUGGAACGUUCCAAGCAAAGUCAUUCACGUGAUAAAGUCACUGUGUACCCGUUUCUUAAGAUUCUCCCGGCCACGCAUUACGUGGAUUUGAUGAUUAAGGCGAUCGACCAGAUCGCUCUGGACUCCACUCUGCAACACGUGAACUCCAACCUGGUUUGCCUUCAGCUUGGGGAGCGUGUGGAAUCUGCUUGCGACCUGUAUCGCAAAGAGAGAGCCGGCGUCGUGGACGAGCUGAGACAAGUGUACACUGAAUAUGUGAAACAAUUUUGCCACGAAGAGAUGAGCCAACCUCAAUUCCGUUCGAUGUGGCACUCCAUACUGCACGACCGAGCCAAAAAAGGCGCAGCAACUCUGCAUCAAGACUGGCCGCAAUGGACUCCAUCGCUACAUUUUAUGAUCGGUAAGGCGUUGUACAGCAUCAUUUACGACCGCCUCACCUUCGAUAGCCAUAAGCCCACCAUUAUAAGACAUCAGGGAACCAGCCGACCGAAGAACGACAACACCAAUGCAAAUCUUUCCACUAGCACUGGGCAAGCACCGGUGUUGUUUGAGGUCCUCAUCGAGCUUACUGACUCCAUGCGGACCGAAAUACGACUACACCCAACACUUGCCGGCUGGUAUCGGGACGCUGACUACCCACCAUUAAGCUUCUCUCCAGCCGAAGUACCCAUGCUUUGCCCUCCCAUCCCAUGGACCAAUUUGACGGAUGCUGGCUACCUGAUUUCUCGAAAUUACGCGACUCGGUUAAUGCGUCAACCGAAUGAAUUUUCCGUUUCGAACCCGGUACUCAAUGACGACUUAGACUUUGAUCCGAAGCGUAUUCCUUCCGUACUGGAUGCCCUCAAUUGCCUGGCCGCAUGCCCCUGGCGUGUGAACGAACCGAUUUUGGACAAUCUGAUCGAAGUCGCUCGUUCCGGAGGUAAUCGACGGCUUAGUAUUCCCGAAACAGCUGUACACAAAUCACCUACCGCCCCGGCGAUCACACAAUCGAUGACCCAAGAGGAACGUCGUUCCGUAUGGCGUCAAGCUCGAGAGGCACAAAAGCUGUACGACGAAACUUGCUCUUUGUGGGCGUCUGAGCUCUACCGGUUAUCCAUAGCAAACCAGUACCGAGGACGCGUGUUCUGGUUCCCUCACAGCAUGGACUUUCGUGGUCGCGUGUACCCAUGUCCUCCGCAUUUUCACCACAUGGGCAGUGAUGUCGCACGGGGUCUCAUCGUGUUCGCCACUGGUUUGCCUCUUGGCGAACGCGGUCUAGACUGGUUGAAAAUUCAUUUGAUCAACUUGACAGGGCUAAAGAAACGCUGUUCCAACGCAGAACGAUUGCAAUUUGCGGACACUGUUCUCGACGAAGUGUUCGACUCAGCUCGGAAUCCCUUCGAUGGACGUCGAUGGUGGCAAGAGCAAGAUGAGCCGUGGCAAACACUAGCUUGCUGCCGUGAAUUAGUGGCAGCCCUGGAGCAUGAAGGUGGUCCGGCCAAGUACGUAUCGCAUUUCCCUGUUCACCAGGACGGCUCAUGCAAUGGACUGCAGCAUUACGCCGCUUUGGGUCGCGAUCGUCGUGGCGCCGAGUCAGUCAAUCUGACAGAUAGUCCUCAUCCACAGGACGUGUAUAGCGAUGUUGUUGAGGUGGUUGAGGAACAGCGCCGAGUCGACGCGGCUGCCGGUGUUGCAGUUGCGCAAGUCCUAGACGGCUUUGUGCGACGUAAGGUGAUCAAGCAAUCUGUGAUGACAACAGUGUAUGGGGUCACGUUGUACGGUGCGUCGGAGCAAAUACGAAGACAGUUGCUCGAUUUGGACAAUUUUCCCGGUCGUGAGUGGAUCCGCCCGGCUGCAGCAUAUCUGGCUCGGGCGACACUGGCCAGCAUCGGAGCGAUUUUCACCUCAUCCACGGAAAUUCAGGCAUGGUUUGGCCAGAUCGCACAUCACCUGUCGCGGCACAUGGGCUGCCGCGUGUCCUGGGAGAGUCCACUGGGUCUACCAAUCAGGCAACCGUAUAUGCGUCUGCCCGGCACCUCGAACAAGGGCUACGAUGGUCUCUUAGGUGCCUCCUCAUCUUGGUCUUCUGCCUUCAGCUCAUCUCCGGCUCUCGGCCCCUCCGCGUUGCAAUUGGCAAAUAAGUUGGCUCAAUCAUAUGUCGAGGGUACUACCCAGUCCAUGGCGUUGCCGAUGCCCAAUGCAGUCAAACAGAAAAACGCCUUUCCGCCCAACUUCGUGCACUCCCUGGACUCUUGCCACAUGAUGCUGACCGCAUUGCACUGUCUGCGUGAAGGCAUCACUUUUGCCUCCGUGCACGACUGCUUCUGGACUCACGCCGCCACGGUGGACACGAUGAACCGCAUAUGUCGCGAAGAAUUCAUCGCCCUUCACAGCGAACCAAUUUUGCACAACUUCGCAGAGUAUUUGCGGCAAAAGUUUGCUUACACCCCCGAUGAAAUAUCCCAAAUGAGCUGUGAACUCAAAAGAUCCAAGGCACUAUCCUUCAACGCACUCCUGGAUCGCGUUCCGAAAGCUGGCACCUUCGAUUUGAACGAGGUCCGCAAUUCAACUUACUUCUUCAGCUGAUCCCAGGAUUUUGCGCCACGCGUUCCUUCGGGUACUCGGAUUCCUUACGACCGUCCCGUGUGACUUCAUCUCUCCCGAUUAUCUGCCACUCUUUUAACUACCUUAUUAUGGUUUGAGCAUGUUAGAGAUGCUUUAGCACUUGUGCAAUUUUUUUUAUCGAAUGUUUUCGAUAGAUUUCUUUGAUGGA